UACUUGAAGACAUGGUGUCCCCUCGUAAGAGGAUGAACCUAGGGAAGAAGGUAGCACCAACUGGUAGUCAUCGCCUUGGGAUUGUGCCUCCCGGACCUUACAGACCCGGAAGAGCCAAUUGGGAUUCACAAAUGACAAGGCUGUUCUUACAGUUAGCCAUAAAGGAGAUUGAAGCUGAAGGUAGGGGAACGACACAACUUUCGAACAAUUUGCUGCGCAACAUUUCUAAUGAGAUCAUUGCUAGGACUGGACAAGUGAUCAACUUGAAGCAAUGUAAGAAUCGGUAUGGCGUCUUGAAGCGAGAUUGGCAGGCAUGGACAUUACUAGCUGAUUCGAGAAGAGGUGCAACAGGCCUGGGUAUGAAUCCAGUGACGGGUACUUUUACCGCACCUGACCAUUUUUGGGCUAACUUAAUUGCGCAAAAUGAUGCAGUGGCAAAGUUCCGCGACCGUCCGUUGGACCACGAGGACUUGAUGCAAAGGGUAUUCGAAGAAGUAACAACCACUGGCUCAAUGCAAUGCACUCCCGGAGCGGAGGGGGAGCUUGGUAUAGGUGCAGAUGGUCGUCGAGCAUUGGCUACCGACAAUGACGACCGGACUGCUACGGAUGGGCUAGGCAACACUGUUGGACUAGAUAACGGAGAGGAAAUUGGUAGUGAAUCUACUAGCACAAGCCUUGGACCUGGUAGGGGGACCCCCUUUUGCAGUCAACAAGGUACUACCAACCCCAUGUUCCCUCAAUAUGGUUGUACAACCAAUCCCUUUUCCCCUGAACAUGGCAACCAUAGCAUCCCAUUUGUCCCUCACCAUGGUGGCACAAACACCCAUCCUUUCCCUCUCCAUGCUGCCACAAACACAACCUCUUUCCAUCAACAUAGUAGAAUAAGUCCCCCACCUUUCUCUCAACAUAUUAGAACAAGUCCCCCACCUUUUACCCAACAUGAACAUGGUACAUCUUCCGUACCUUUUUCGAACCGUGGUACAACAACUUCCCCCCAUUGCCCUCAACCCGAAAUCCGAUGCUCCCCCCUUUUAUCUGAACAUGGUACAAGCACCCCCCAUUUCCCAACAGCUAUGCCCAUAUAUCCGGGUUGCAACUCAAGUGGAACAAAAAGGAGAAGCACCUCAAGUUCCGCAACAGAUGCUUUGUCUCAGUCGAUGGCUAACAUUUUGGAGACCAUGGUUUCAAGGCAGAAUCAGUUCAGAUCCGUCAUUAAGCAUAGAUGUAACAUGGUCGACAUAAUGAAGAUCCUUAGUGGAAUGGAGUAUUUCCAACAACAACCCGUUCUCCCGGUCUAUUGGUGGCUUGUUGACUACUUGUCCGCUGAUCCCAUGAAGAUGGAUGUGUUCUACGGCUUGCCAAAUGAUGAACAGAGGAUUUCUUUCGCUCAACGGGAGCAUACAAAGGCAAUGUUAGAACAGUCACGCGGACAAGGCAACCCAACUGAGAGUCUCCCUCCUUGGCACCCGGCCCCUCAUAUUUAA